AUGAUCAAUGAAACUGGACAGAUUGCCAAAGCAAGGUAUGACAAGUUCCGUGUAUCUUUUGACGCUGCCAAUGAGAACUAUCAGAUAUUGAAGAGGAAGAAUGUACCGAAUGAGAGAUUGACAGAGGCUGAGCAAGAGGUUGGCAUAACAAGUCAACAGUUCUCAGAGGUGGCAAUAGAUUCAUUGUCAAUCUUUGAGGAGAUAAUCGAUAGGAUAACAGUGGAGAGUGUCGACUCUGUCUACGACUACAUCAAGGUGUACGAAGCCUACUUCAUUAAGAACUUGGAGAUAGUCCGCGAGAUCCUACCAAACAUCGAGCGACAGAAGCAAAACACUGCCAAGCUAAGACAGUCUGUGGUCGAUAAGAAGAGUCAGCGAAGCUAUGCGAACGAGUUGUCGGGUACACCCUUGGCCAGCACAUUUGCCAACAGUGAUGGUGUGGCCUCGGCCACCGCCAAACCAUUGCCACAGCAACAACAGCAUGGCAGCAACAACAACAGCAACAACAAGCAUGCUGCUCACUCACACGCUGCAUCAUCAACUCGCGCAUCAGGAUUGUUUGGAAUACCUUUGGAGAACAUGCAGAGCAAGACAGGCAAUGUAGUGCCCGCGAUCAUUACAAAGGCCAUUCAAUAUCUUGAGCGACCGGAUAUACUGGGCACGGAGGGACUGUUCAGAGUGUCCGCCAACCAGCUGCACCUGACAGAGAUGAAGACAGCCAUUCACAAAGGAUCAAUGACCAACUUUGACUCGUGUGACGAGCCCCAUCUCGUCACUGGCUUCCUCAAGGCAUUCCUUCGCGAGCUUCCCACGCCCCUGCUGACCUUUGACUUGUUCCGCCCGUUGGUGCAGCCUGUGGUCGAGUGUGUGGCGCAGGAGAGGUUCAAGGGUCCACUGUCACUGGCCGAGCAUACAGUCAUCGCCAGUCAACUGGCUGGCACACUGCAACAACUGCCACCAUGCAACAAGGCGUUGUUCAAGAUGUUGAUGUCAAUGGCGACAAAGAUCACCGCACAGUCCAAGUCCAACAGGAUGACGACCAGCAACCUGGCGGUGGUACUGGCGCCCAACAUACUAUAUCCACAGCAACUGGACAUUGAGUCUGUGACCAGUGCCAAUGCCACAAUCGAGUUUAUCAUCAGACAUUAUAACCUCGUUUACAAGGACACAGCUGGCGCACCAGCAACACAGCCACAGAAUCCAGCUCCAUCAUCAUCAACAACCAACAACAAUGUAAUAUUACAACCAACUAUCAUGCCCAUGACCAUGACACCGCCAACACCCUCCACCUCCACAUCAACACCAUCAUCAACACCAUCAUCAACACCAUCGACCAUGAACACUAAACAAUCAGCACUUAUAUCCGAGAUGCAAAAGAGGGCAGCGGCAUUGCCUUCGAAGCCACCUCCAAGCAAGUCAUCCCUAGUCACACCAGUAUCCACUACAACUCCCAACAACACCAGCCAAACAACAACAUCUACAUCACCAAAUCAAUCACCAGUACUAUCGCGUAGAGAGCAACAGCCUCAGCCUCAGCCACAGCCACAACCACAGCCACAACCGCAGACACAACAGCAGCAACAGGAUGUAAAUGGACAGCCACCUCCAUUAGCCAAUGAGGAAGAGGUUGUACACAUACCAACAAACAUGGCGAGAUCAGUUAACCGAAGAAGCAUGUAUCUUGGCACGGGAGCACUUCAACUCCCACCUGCGCCAACAACCAUGGCUCCAUUGCUACCCUCCUCUCGAACCGCACUUCAAGCACAACUUCAAUCACAACUACAACAGAAGCAACAACAGCAGCAACAACAACAGCAACAACAACAGCAACAACAACAACAACAACAGCCAACAGAUACCAACGACAAUGAAGUUGACUCGCAGUUUGAACCACUUCCAUCAAAGACAUCAUCAUUCAGGAAGCGUCCACAAGGCAUGAAGAUAGCGCCAGGCAACACAAAUAUGUUCGUGUCACCAGAUGGCACGACCACCGCCAGGUUCAGUCUAUUGGAUGACACUCUUACCUUUGUCGAUCACACUCCCACUAAGCCAACACCAUCAACUGAUGAGGAUUUGAUCAAAUGGUAA